ACCAGAACUGACAUCAGCAUGCUUAAAUGAUCUGGCAACAUGGCAAUGUGGGAAACAUCUCUCAAAUCUGCCGGAAUAGACUCCCCAGACUUUUCAGCUCUUGAAUCUGACAUUUACCGGAGUCUGCAGGCUAUUUUAAGAGAGCUCGAUGCUGAACAACCAGCCUUCAAUAAAGGAAUGCUGAGAUGGACAUUACAUAAAAAAGUGCAGUGUGAUCCUCAGAAAAGCCUUGCUCUGGUCCGAGUGGCCAUCAAGGAACUGGAAAAAGCUGAAAGAAUGAAUCUGAAAACACACAUCAUCCCACUGUUACACACUCUGCUUUAUGCAGUCAUACAGUCGGUGUACAUACCUGAUGAGUUAUAUAAAAGGCUGUAUGAAUCAUGUAAGAGGCUGUUGACACUGCCCGAGCCGUUCUGUACUGUUGGACUCAACUACACUAGAUUAUUAAAAACAGAGAGAUACACACCAGGAAUGCUGUAUCUAAGGAAGUUGGUGGCUGAACACAGUCUUAAAAAUGAACACUAUCCACAACAGGAGCGUGUGUUUGUGUUUGCAGACCCGGCGGUGUUCUCAGAGUCCUUGUACACAGUAGUAGGCAAGGAUAUUGAGGCUGAGGGUCAGACGGAGACAUCUCUUGAAUACAUGCGCUUCGUGGUACAGCGCCUUCUACAGGCCACACUGGGAGAGGAAAACUGUCAUGGACCAACGUUAACCCAAGCACUGAAGGAGCUGCAGCAGGAAGUAGAGUCUUAUUUUAGUGAGGUGUUGGCAUGUGUUGAUCAAAAUGAACAAAGUCACAGAGCACAGAAGCUUCAGCAACUCUACACACAACUACUGCUCAGCACAGGCAAGGAUCCCUUGUGUUAUGGUUCUCUGACCCACGUACCUCUACCCAAUCCGGAUAUGAGCUUCCACAUGUGGUGGGAGGAGGAAGAGCUUUGGAGAGAGCUGGCUAAGUUUGCGCGCCCCACCUCCGUCUCCGACAGCUCUGUUUCCAUGGAUGAUUUCGACAUGACUGAGUUUUUCUCCGAAUUAGAUUUGGACAUACGUCACUCUGUCAUCUCCACUGACAGUGGCAUUGACAUGGGACAGGGCUCUCCACUGGACACGGAGACAAAGAUUGAAAAGCGCCUGUCGAGGCGUGGUGGAAUGAAAGUAAAGCCUUCGCUGAUGGGCAGCAUGACACUUAUUCAGGACACUUUAGAGAGUGAGAGCGCAUUUCUCAACCAGCAACAACUUCAGCGCAAUUUCACUGCAAACGUUGUGGUAAUGGGAGACGAUCGCGUACUCGGGAGACUCGCCAGGGCCUUUUACAGACUCAGGAAAAGAGAAGCACGUCGACUUUUUUUGACUGCCAAAGUCAACAUAAAGAUGUUUUACAUUCCUGUUUCCAUACAGCCCUCCUCUCACGCCAUGGGUGUGUGUCCGGUGGACUCUAACCCAUGUGUGUUGGGCUCAUAUUUGGGGAAGGUGGAUCCAUGGUACGGGUGUAACAUUGCCAGCCUGGGUCACAUGAUCCCACAACUUGCCACCAUGUGUGAUCCUAACAAGCCACAUGAAGCUAACCCCUUUCUGGCUGAUGUAAUUUCCUAUUAUGUGCGAAUGGCACAGCAGCCAAUCCACUUCACUAUCUACUAUGUGAAGGUUUUCUUCACCAGCCCAACCAAAGAAUCAGUGGAAGAUGUUUUCUUAUCUCAUCUAGGUGUUACUUUUCCUGACUUUAUACAACGCCACACCACAGCUAGAGUUGGAACUUUAAGACAGAAUAAAAAUCCUCCAGAGAUGUGUGGUGCUCUUGUCUCACUAAACUACAGAAAGGUGUCAUUAAGCAACAGAGAAACAGAAAAAGGUAUCUCACUACGGACAACAAGAAUCCAGGUCUCAGCUGUAUCCACCAACAGAAAUGAGGAUCUGAAUUGUCUCACAGUGGACUUGGGAGACAUGAGGACCAAAAGUGUUUUGGACCCCAAAAUCAGAACGUGUAAUCUGAAGAUGAAAACCCUAGAGAGAACAGGAUUCACGCUGUGUCUGGAUAAAGACUCACGCAGAACUUUCCGUAACGUUCAGAGUAUUGAAGUUGAACCGUGUAAAGAUCCGGGAUAUUACAUUCAGAGGUCACUGAGGUCAAGGUUCGCAUCAGAAGAGGACACAGACGCUGGACUGAGCACAUUUAUGAAUCGAGAACUUCCUCUUUCCAUAAACACCUUCUCUGGUGUCAUUUCCUGACAGGAGCUGAAAGUACAAAGGACAAAGUGUUUUGAUGGACAUGUUAACAGCUAAUUAGAGGUGAUUUUAGUGUUUUAAUACUUUCGUCGUGCAUUGCAGUGCUGCUAAAAUCCCACUGUUACUUAACAGUGUCUUCACUCUGUUUGGACAACGCAAGGUGGGCUUCAUAUAUGCACUCCUGCCAACAGGCCGAACAAUUAGGACUUCAGGACUUCCUUCUCUGUGGAGCUUUUUUAUAUGGAAGUAUGAGUACAUUUUGGAUGACAUACGCUUAGAUAACUGUUAGCUGAUGCCUCUUUUACUCAUUCAGUUGUGGUAUAUGUGUCUGCUCUGUAUAUCCUCUAAUGAAGAUGUAGUUUUGGAUUUACUACAUCCAGAAAAACAACUUUAUUAUUCCACAUUUAAACCCCAACAAGUCUGGUUUGAAACAGAAUGUCCAAACAAAACAGACAUUUCUGAAGUGUCCUAAUACUUAAGGAAACCAAACCUCUUCUUUCAUACAUCAGUACAAUCAGAUUUUUUGUAACUACCAAUUUCUUCCAGGUUCAGUUAUUCUUUAUCUUAUUGUCCAAAGUGACUGAGUUCUGACCAGAUACAAUUAAGGAUUAAGGAACUUCAACAGUGUUAACUUGACACUAAAGGGGCUUGAACCAGCAACCUAAUAAUAAUUAGUCUGUUACCAUAACCUCUCUGCUCCAACUGCCUAGUUCCCAGUUGGUUGUCUUUGCCUCAUGCACAGUAAGACUGUAGAUACCCAAAAUACUAAGGAGAGGGGUACAGUGGCCAGUCCACCUUCUGCAUAUUUUGCAAGGUGGGAGGAAUCCGUACCAGACCUUCAUAACAGUAAUUUGAGUUCCUCUGUUUCUGCCACCAUGCAGUGCUGGCAAAAAGAGUCACAGACUAGCACCUGCCCCCUCUGCCAUGUGUGAUGUCAAAGACUCUUUCUUUUAUAUCAGCCAGUAGAGGAUUCUCACAGAGAGAGAUACUCCCAUCCUCUCAGACAUGGCCAGUAAUGUCUGCGUAGACCCCUGGUCAGCUGAUAGCACGGUUGAGAUUAGAACCCGUCACUCAAGCGCCCUGAAAGUGACUUAUUACAGUUUUAUUCUCUAAUUAUGAACAUGAAGUUUUUUUUUCUUUGAAGUUUGUUAUUUUUAGGUAAAAAAGAACAAAUUAUUGGUGGUGCAGUAGUUCAUGUUGGCACUUUACAGCUUCAGUGUUUUAGGUUUGUUCCUGACCUCUGUGUAGUGGGAGUUUUCUUGCCCUGUGCACAGUGUUUCUGCGAUGGACUCUGGACCAGCUGCGACCCAGCUCAGACCUGGAUGGAGUGUUUAUUGAAGUAUGAAAAGAUCAAAGCAUAUUUAGCUGUUUCACUUUAUAAAAUGAAGAUGUUUUUCUGUAUAAUAACAGAUUUCAUUAUCUGUUUGUAAGCACACUAGAUUAAUUUGAUUUGACUUUUUGUUUUUGAAUAAAUGAUUUUGCAAUCA